CGUCAAAGUCACCGUAGGUAGCCGCGGUUCUUGCUGGAAGUUGCCCUGCAAAAUUGAAUGAAAAAAGCAUUCCCUGUGCAAAUCAGUUCACUUUAUGGAAAGGUAGAGAGACAAAUAGAAGACUUACAUUACAAUCAUCAUCUUCAUACCUAUUGAUGGGCCGAUAUCCAAAGGACGGCCCAAAUGAACCAUUUAAACAGCUUCGGGUCAAGCACCUGUGAAAUACUCAAGCUAGGCCGGCCCAAGGAGCUGGGCCUAGUUAACCUCAGCAACGCCAACGUAGGUACCGGAGUUCCCCAACAGGGGGAGAACAGCGCCACCGGAGGCCGGCACCCCCCCAUCACCACCGGGGAGGCUGAGGCCCUCAUUCAGAGGGUUGGGAUCACGGCCGAACAAUUCAAGGAGGUGCUGGCCGCACUUGCGCCCAACCGCGAGGUUGUGGUAGGAGAUGUGGCUGGGGGACCCACAGGCGAGAAGGCUGGACCUGCAGCCCAAGGAAAAAAGAAAAAAAGCGACUUGAGAGACACGCUCAAGGAGAAGAGAGGGGAGUCCACAGCGACCUCCAAGGUCGGUUCUGAGGAGCGACGGACGACAGUCGGGGAUAAGGGCGCAGCCGAGCUGUGGAAAAUGUACGAACAACUGGAGAAGCGGCUGGAUGCCCAGAACCCCUAUCGCCAGGCGGUCUUCAGUGAGAUUAAAGAGUCAGCCACGCCAUCGUACAUCUCCUCCUCAAUGCCCUCUGGGAUCGGCUCUAGGUUCAUCUGCCUGAUCACCUACGGACAGCAAAAAGGAAAACAACGCUAUCCGCUCAGCAUUGACGCUGAGUGGUACUCCAUUGCAGCACAAGAAUAAACAUAAUAAUUCAACAAUUAAGAUCGUACAUAUGUUUAUCCUUUUAAUAAAAAUCAAUUCAACUUUACAUUCGGUUCUUUAGACGGUUGACCAACAGUCAACUUAUUUUCUUUCUUUUCAAAACGAUUUAGGUGUUACGGGUUUCCCAUUAACUCUUUGACCACCGGUCAAACCAAUUUAGACUUUCACCAAAGUCAAACCACUUAACAUUUA